AUGACGGCAACUUUGUUUCGGCAGUACAUCUCGUGGGUUCGAGAGAACGGGGAGAAUGCGCAGAGCCUGGAGCGGCUCACGCAGAUGGCUGCCAGGAUUGUCACCGACCCACGCAACCUCGUCACCACCGAACUCGCGUGGACGCUGAUCAACCUGCACUCGCUCGUGAAUAGGACGAUCCACGCGACGGCGGGUCGGCGCGUGGGACGCACCGAGCAGGUCGGCAUCUUCCUCCGGACGGUGUCUGAGGUGGAGUGUCUGCUGGAGCUGGGCCUCCGUCGCUUCUGCGGCCACGAGGCGGCGUGGAACGUGCUGCUGGCGCUGCAGACCCUCAAGUGCGUGCUCAACCUCUUUGUGCACCAGCAGCUGUUCAUUGUGCCGUGGAUCUGGGCCGCCGUGCGCCGCCGGCUGCGACUGAUGCUGCAGCAGCUCAUGCGGCUCCCAGAGUACGGCAGGCGGGCGUCCUCCGCGGUGACGGAGCGGAUAACUGCCUCGUUCGUCGGCCGCGUCCCCUCGGCGCCGUCGCAGGCGGGCACGCUUGGGCCCGCAAACACGCGACUCGUCAUCCCACGGGUGGCGGUGCGGCGGGUGCACCGCCGGGCCGCGGCGGACAACGACGACCAGGCGGGCGUUGCGGAAACCGGGGCGUCCUUCCCGUGCACGGCGAUGGACCUGCUGGGAAUUUUGGUGGACCUUCUUCUGGUGCUGCGGCCGCUGCUGCUGCUGUUCUGCGCCAGGCGCGCGUUCCCGGCGGGCGCGGCGGGCAUUGCCGUGCUGCCCGUCCUCCCUAGAGCGGGCGACGACGACGACGGGCGCGGCGAGGCGAAGAAAGACGAAGCAGCGGCAACGACGGCGCCCACGGACGCGCCCGUCCGCGACGACCUGGCCCUCGUGCACGCAGUGAUGCACGACGGGGUGUCCAAGUCGCUGCUCUCCAGCUGGGGGGUGGGGCUGUCGUUCUUCGGCCUCGACGCCGCGCUCGCCCUGCUCUCGCGGCACAUCCGGCGCCACCGUGUGCCGGUGGUGUACAUCAACAACGCCGACGACCGCCAGGGGCCCGCGGGGGUUGCCGGGGCCGGGGGCGUGAGGGACGGCGAAGUCUCCUCCCGCGGCGGCGACGCCGGCAGCGCCCUCCUCGACAAGGCGGGAGCCAACGGCAACGGCGACGCCGCGGCGCCGUUCCUGCCGCGGCCACCGACGGGGAACGUGACGGAGUUCAUUCCCGCGGUCUCGCGCGACAGUCUCCGCGUGCAGCAGGUGCUUCGCAACAUGGCCUUCUCCUUCCUGCGGGACCCCUUCUUCCCGGCGUUGCUGCAGCAGUUUGUGUACAGAAACUUCGUCGUGGGCCGCGUCAACCGCAUCCCGCUCUUGGGGCCGAUUCUCGCAUUUCAGGUCGCCUACUUUCUCUGUAAGCAGCACUACUGCUUCAUGUACCUUCUCGAGCAGUGA